UCAGGGGCAGACGGGCACUCACUGGAGCACAAAUAUUCAUCCCCACUUAACAUGUCAAUCAGGAUUAAUGCCCUCACAAACCACCCCUCUAGGUUCAUCCAGGUCCUUUUCACUGACAGAGGUACCGAAGCCAGGGCAGAGGCGGUGAUAUAAAAAGGCAGGACAGGACAGGAACACAACACCAAAAGCCCAGCGGUUUCAGUAGCGCGCACCACGGAGCGUCGCCUGGACUUGUGCUUCACGUCUCCACCGGUGGUUGACAGGCGCAAUGAGUGAUCACUCAAACAUUUCGAGAGUCUGAUGCACUAAGAUGUCCGAGCUCCCCGAAGCCGCACGGUUCUGCGUUUUCGGCAUUCGUUCGCCCGCGGAUUACCACUCAUGCGACACUCUGUGAGGCUGCACAUGAUACUGUUUGCAUGCGGAUAAACUUGCGGGGGCCGAGCAAAAGUCGCCGUUUCUGCACUCUGCGCUCGCCAGUCGGGAGGACGUCGGCAGCAGUGCACGCACAACUUGCAGCGUAAACAUUUGUACUCGUCCGCUGCCACACUGAGCACUUUUCCCCGAGAUGGAGCUGAAGAGCGCGUGUCGCAUGUUGCUUUUCCCGGUACAAAUGCUCUAUUAUAUAGCCCGAGCGAGUUUGUUUUCGCUGUUGCCAAGCAGGAGGAAGGACCUGACCAAGGAGGUGGUAUUGAUCACUGGUGGAGGACGCGGCAUCGGUCGACACCUGGCCAAAGAGUUUGCCAAGCAGGGGGCCAGAAAGGUGAUCUUGUGGGGCAGAACAGAAAAGUGCCUCAAAGAGACAGCUGAAGAAAUCUCCCACUCUGGAACCGAGUGCCAUUAUUUCCUGUGUGAUGUGGCCAAUCGGGAGGAAGUCUACAAGCAAGCCAAGGUGGUUAGAGAGAAGGUGGGAGAUGUGACGAUAUUAGUGAACAACGCAGCCGUGGUCCAUGGUAAAAGCCUGAUGGACAGCGAUGACGACGCUCUUCUGAAAUCCCAACAUAUCAACACUAUGGGACAGUUCUGGACAACAAAAGCCCUCCUGCCCCGAAUGCUGGAGCUGCAGCAUGGCCACGUAGUGUGCAUUAAUUCCAUCCUGUCCCAGUCUCCCAUACCCGGAGCCAUAGACUACUGCACCUCCAAGGCCUCGUCGCUUGCCUUCAUGGAGAGCCUGACCCUGGGCCUGCUGGACUGUCCCGGCGUCAGCUGCACCACCGUGCUUCCCUUUCACACCAACACAGAGAUGUUCCAGGGCAUGAGAGUCAGGUUCCCUCAGCUCUUUCCACCUCUCAAACCUGAGGUCGUCGCCCAGAGGACUGUUGAUGCCGUCAGAGCUAAUAAGGCUUUCCUCUAUCUGCCCUGGACAAUGCAUGCCCUUGUUAUUCUUAAGAGCUUCAUGCCACAAGUAGCACUUGAAGAAAUCCACAAGUUUUCCGGGAGUUAUACCUGCAUGAACACGUUCAAAGGGAGGACAUGAACCUGGAUUGCACACGGCACGUGUGAGCGACCUCUACAGCUCCGGGGUGCAAUGAAGGGAAUAUGGACCUUAAGACUUCUGAAUGCGGAGAAGGCCCCAUGAUAGUGUGAAGACAAAUACAUAGGGGACAUGAAAGGGUGCCGCUUCCGCAGGUAGAAUUAAUCGAUAAACUGCGCGACGUGCCCCGGUUCCUUUCUCUGUGUGUGUGCCGGUGUGUGUUUGUGCACACGUGUGAGUGUACUGUGGUUGACUGAAUGUCAUUCUCACUUUGAACAGAAGCCAUGCAUAGGUCUGUACCAGUAGUUAUUCCGGAAUUUUAUUUUUUGUUUGUGACACUAGUCGGUUUUUACGAUUCUUUUUUUACUCUCCUUUUAACGUGUCUUUGAAUCAAAACAAAGUAAUAAAGUGGAGUUUUAGAAUUGCA